UUUUUUUCAAAAUUAAGUUAAAACACUAAAAUUUAAAAUAUACUUUGUACAUAUCGUUUACGAUAUCAAAAUCUAUUUCUAUUUCAUAAAAAAAUUAUAAGAUAUUGCAAAAUGCGUUGGAUAAUAUAUUGUACUUUUAUGUUUGUUUGUGUUAUCUCUUCGUUGGGCUCACCAGUGCAAAAAGAUAUAGUAAAUUUUGAUAAAUAUAUUGAUUCAUUUCAAGAUAUAUUAAAGGAUUUAAAACUUGAAUUAGAACUAGAAAACAAAAAUUGGAAAAUAGAAUUUAGAGAAGAGUUAUUCAAAACGAAUAAUGAAAUUUCUAUUCAAGAAAUAAGCACUAACGAGAAGUAUGAGAUACCUGAAUAUGUAAAGCCAAUUAUUCAGCAAAUUUUCCCAGACUCAACAGAGAUUUAUUUUAUAAAAGACGUCUUGAAAAACUUAGAUGCAAUUAAAGACAAUGACACAACAUAUAUAAGAAACAAACUGCAAAAAUUCCAUGAAAAUGAAUAUAUUAGCCUUAGAAAUUUGAUACAAAUUUUGACUGAUAAAUAUAUCAAAAUUCCAAAUCCAAUAGUGGGUUUGUUUAACAAUUUCCUUGAAAGAUUUCAUUGUAAAGAUACGACAAAUACUGGAUUAAUAUCUAAAAAUGAUUUUUCAAAUAUCAUAGAAGCAGUUCUCAAGAAUAGAGAUAUCGUACAACAUGUAUUAAAACCUACAGAAGGUGUAGAAAAUCUGAAUUAUGAAGCAUGGUUAUUGAAAAAAAGAAAAGUAUUAUAUGAUAUGGUUCAUCCACCAAAGAACAAGAAAGGUAAAGAUAAGACAGAUAGGGAUGAGACAGAUGGGGAUGAGACAGAUGGUGAUGAGACAGAUUGGAAUGAGACAGAUUGGGAUGAGACAGAUGAUGAUGAGACAGAUGAGGACGAGACAGAUGAGGAUGAGACAGUUAUGGAUAAGUAUGAUGAGUUACCUGAUAUAGGUGACUUUGAGACAGAUGACGAAGAAAUGAGAUGAUAAGAUAGAUGAUUAUUCUUCAAUAAAACCUCAUAACAACAGUUGGUUUAUAUAACUACAAAAUUGUUUAAGGCUUAUAAACUCACCAAAAAUAAUAAAUAAUUAUUAAAAAU